UCGAAUGGUUGCGUCCAAACUGGAACUGACAAUUUUUUCUCUGAAGGCGUCUUUUUUUUUAAAUGUACAAAUCGUGUUUCUGUCGCGCAUUCACUCAAGGAAUUGAUGUUAUUACGCAUAAGUUAAGUUCAGUUUUAUAACAUCUUGGUAAGCGCGCAUAAUUACACGGUAUUAAUUUGAUUAAGAGCCUGUUUCUAUGUAGGACACCCCUGUCAUUAUUGUGUGCUACUCCUGGCACUUCCUUGUUGAAAAGUUUUAUUUAGAGGAAGACUUGAGGGAAAGUUGGCCACCGGCGUACACAUUCUGACUUUGUUGUUGUCAGUUUUUAAGGUCAUGAUUGAUAUUUGUCGCAAAAUUUUGCAAAACUAGCGUGUAGCUGUCGCGGUUUUCCCAUGGCUGUAAGUAUAAGAAGCAGGCUAACGUUGCACUGAGAGGCUCCGUAAAGAGGAAGAUGUCCACAGCUAACGUUAGCGAAGAUAUUAGAGGGAAGUUUCCACUGCAUGCAGCAGUGUGGGAGAAUGAUUACAGAACACUGGAAGAACAAAUAACGUUACCACAGAAUGACAUCGAGGCUGUGGAUCCCAGAGGUCGGUCACCUCUGCACCUGGCUGUGUCGCUUGGGCACCUGGAGUCAGUGAGAGUCCUUCUGAGACAUGGAGCCGAAGUGACUAAAGAAAACGCUAAUAAUUGGACAGUGUUGCAGGAGGCGGUCAGCACCGGAGAUCCAGAGAUGGUUCAGUUAGUGCUUCAACGCAGAGACUACCUCAAAGCCUCCACUGCUCUGGGAGGAGUGCCUGAGCUGCUGGCAAAGAUCCGAGAGUCUCCAGACUUCUAUAUGGAAAUGAAGUGGGAAUUCACCAGUUGGAUCCCUCUUCUGUCCCGGGUUUGUCCAAGUGAUGUUUGUCGCAUUUGGAAAAGUGGCGCCAGCCUGCGAGUGGAUGCCACACUCCUAGGCUUUGAAAACAUGACCUGGAUCAGAGGGCGCAGAAGCUACAUCUUCAGAGGAGAUGAUUCAUGUGCAGUGUUGAUGGAAGUGAACCACGAUGAUCAAGUGGUGGACACCGAACGUUUCAACAUAUCCCAAGAAAUGGAGGAUGUCACACUAGAGUCGAUGCAGCCUGCGGAACAGGAAGUUGCCAAAAGGUUGACUACAUCUAUUGUCAACACCUACUUGGACACCAAGGAUAUUGCUUUUGAAAGGAACAAGUCUGGGAUUUGGGGCUGGAGGUCUGACAAAACUGAAGUGGUCAACGGAUUUGAAGCAAAGGUUUUCAGUGUGAACAAUGUGAAUGUGGUCAUCAGGACAAGGACAGAGCAUCUUACAGAUGAAGAGAAAGCCAGGAUAAAAAGUGAGAGGAACAUCCUGGAGUCUCUGCUGGGGACUGUGGAACAGCACAUAAGUGCACAAGGGGACAUGACUCUUGAGUACGCAACUGCUACCAAUCCCACUGCCAUCACUCCAGAGGAAUAUUUUGAUCCUGACUUUGACUUGGGGGACAGAGACAUUGGCCGACCCAUUGAACUAAGCAUCCGAACGCAGAAGUUCAAAGGUACGCUGUGGAUGAGCGAAGAACAUCCCCUGUCCCUGGUGGAGCAGGUGACCCCCAUUAUCGACCUCAUGGCCCGGACUAGUUCCCAUUUUGCACGGCUACGAGACUUUGUCACCCUAAAAUUUCCACCUGGAUUUCCUGUUAAAAUAGAGAUCCCUCUGUUUCAUGUGCUGAAUGCCAGGAUUACCUUUGGUAAUGUGAAUAAAUGCAGUACUGAAGAAGAAGCGACCACAACGCCAGCAGCCACGCCAACAUCCUCAGGAGAAGAAGAAGAAGCUGCAGCACUGCCCCUAUUUCAAGUGUGUCCUUCGGUGUUCGAGGUGCCUGCCAACUACCACCGUCGAGGAGGCAGCCGCCACACGCCCGUGUCCAACAAUGACGAGGAGCUUUUGCAGUACGCCAUCCAUCAGAGUCUCCUGGAGUCUCGAAGAGGCCAGGAGGGGAUCUGGGAUGAUGCCGAUGGGGAUUUCACUGAUGUAAUGCUCAGUAGCCCGAGUGACAGGAGUAUCCCAGAGGGGGUGCUGGUGGAUUAUGGUGACACCUCCAGCCCUAUAAGCUCCCCGUCUGCCUCUAGUCCUGACUCAGACCUCCGCAUGGCCAUGGAGCUCUCCGCACGAGCUCAAGAGGAAGAGGAGAAGAUGAGGAAGCUGGAGGAUGAGGAGCUAGAGAGGAUAUUGCAGCUGUCACUCACUGAGAAGUAAAAAGGAAUAAGAGGGAAUAAUAGUAAUAAUAACAACAAUAACACAACUUUUCCAGAUCCAGAAGCAACCACCACACCUCAAUUUUCCUUUCCAACCACUGUAGUCAUCUAUGCAACCGCAGGUUUUUUUAUGUAACAGGCAAUAUCAAACCCUCGGUAUCCAAGAUUUUCCAAAAGGUAUUUUUGGUAAGAACAUACUCCUUUAUAUAUUUCUAUCUCCACAUGGUGCGUUUCCAUCUUCUGGCUUGGUUCAUGGAUUCCUCAAGAUAAUUUCAGAGGGGUUUUACUCUUCUUUUUUUUUGUUUUGUUUUGUUUUGUUUUUUCUUUUCCAAUGUAGAAUAACAGCAGCAACAUGCUUCUGUUGAUCAUAUCAUAGUCUGGAGUGAGGGUCAGAUGAGUGUAAUUAAGGUUUAGUGAACAAAAGCGGACUACUUAAGGUGACUUUGUAUAGUGUUGGCACUCAAAUUUGGCACGUGAGGUCCAAAGCGCUGUUUUUUUUGUUUUGUUUUGUUUUGUUUUGUUUUCCUGGUACCUCUCGUCUCAGUCCAUGAGAGGAUGAAAAACGCUUCGCAGGUUAGAAAACCAGCAGUAUUGUGGACCUGGAGGGGACAGAUUUGAGUGCUGUCACUGUGACGUCUUGCUAGAGUCACUUUGUUGAGGACCAUGAAUGGUUGGACAAUACAAGACUGAAUAACAGACAUCUCAGGGUUCAGAUUUUACACAGUCCCUUCACUUUGGAAUUAGGUUUGUUAAUCAACUGUAAAUCUUGCGGAAAUUGUAGACUGGUAAAUGUUUCUUUGGUAAGAAACGGUAUCUCAUAUGCAUAUCACUCAGCCAUAACAAUAGUAUUUCAGAAAGUUUAGGUGAAAAGUUCAUAAGUAAAUGCAAGACUCUUGUACUUGAAUGUACACUGUUCAGAAAGGUAAACACGGAUGGGAUUUCCUGGCCUUUUUUUUUUUUUUUUUUUUUUUUUUAAAUCAAACAUUUUCUUCCGAUUUCAUGGUGAGGAAGAAUGUAUUUUUGUUGAUGUGUCAUCAACUGUCACUGAGCAACUUCAAGCAUUAACUCCUCAGUUCAAAAACACAAUAGCAGAGACCAGUCUGCCUGUGGAUGUACAGCCAUCAUGCAGUGUUGCAGAGAUUAUUCAGAUUCCUAACAGCAGUCUGUCCUAGUCUUCAGCCAUUUGUAGCCACAAACAACUCUAAACCUCUGAGCAGAAGAAGAGACAGCACAGACUUGUUGAUCAAGCAUGUCCGCUAUAUGUACAGUAUGUAGACUUUGUUUCUUCAGCACGUGCCAACAGAUUGCUUUGCUGUGAUAACGCUUGGUGGAGGAAAGUGGUGCUGACAGUUUCAUGUUGUGCCACUCUGUCUAAACUUUCUGAACAGAUUUUUUUUUUUAAAAAUUGUAAUUUAGGAAACAAGAUGAAGAGGUUUCAGUUGUUCCAGGGUGAUGCUUAGUAACAUGCAUUAACCACUAUAGUUGAUUUCACUGACAACCAACCACUUAUCAAAAGUCUCGCUGCAUUGCUGUGUCUGACUUUCAGGGGCUCCAGCUCACAAACUACUAAUUAUAACGAUCAAGUUGCCAAACUGCUGAACAGUCGAGUUUAAAAAGGCUAGCUUUGACGAAUUUAAUGGAGAUCUUUGUAAUGCACCGUUUGAGCUGCAAAGUUUUUUUUAAUAUGUUAAAAUUUUAAGAAAAUGUGUCGGUUUCAAAAUGUUUUCUAAAAUAAACGCACUUUAUUUCCAUGA